AUGCCUCACAAACACAAGAGACGCGGCGAAGCCGAUAAAUCCCAAUUCAAUCUCCCGCCCGAAGAGAUCGCAAAAGCACUUCCAGUCCGCGACCCAAGCAAGCCAAAGCAAGGCAAGAAUGGCAAAGGCAGCAACAAGAACCAAGCCCAGAACCAGAACCCCAGCGCCAACAAAGCGCCUACCCACCGCAACAAGAAACUCUCCGAGGAUGAUACCCCGAAAGCCUUCCUCCGCCUAAUGCAGUUCCAAACAACGGGCAAGCGAGCCCCCUCCGGUCUGGAAACCGGCGAAAGCACCAAGAAGCGCAAGCGCAAGGAUGCAGAGAAAUCCACAGAAUCCAACAAGAAGCCCGUUAAGGAAGCUGCAGCUCCCAGCGCCGAGAAGCAGUCACUCAAGAUCUUACCGGGAGAGCGUCUCGCAGAAUUCGCGGCACGUGUUGAUCGCGAAAUGCCUCUUUCGCAAAUGACCAAGACUACCAAGUCUGGUGAGGCUAAGGCAAAUGAGCAGCGCAAGCAGACGAAGCAUGAGAAACAUCUGCGGAGACUGCAGUCUGGAUGGCGUGAGGAGGAAGCUAAGAUCAAGGAGAAGGAGCAAGAGGAGCGGGAAGAGCGCGAGGCUGAAAUGGAGGUUGAGUUGCAGCAGUGGAAGGAUUGGGAGAUUGAGGCUGGUGGGAAAGCCAAGAAGAGGGCUCUGGCUGCGAAGAAGAAGAAGAAUAAGGAUGGGGGUGGUGAUAGCGGUGAUGAUGAUCCUGAUCCUUGGGCGAAAUUGAAGAAGCGGGAUCAGGAACGGAAGAAGAAUCCCUUUGAGGUUGCGCAUGCGCCGCCUUCGUUGAUUAAGCCUAGAGAGAUCUUCAAGGUGCGUGGUGGGGCCAAGGUUGAUGUUGCCAAUGUGCCGUCUGCUGUUGGUAGUUUGAGACGACGUGAGGAGUUGGCUGGUGAGCGGAGGAAUAUUGUCGAGGAAUAUCGGAGACUGAUGGCCGAGAAGCGGCAGUGA